AGGCUUGUAUUCAAGUUGCGAUUUCAGCUAAAUCCCGAUAAUAUUGUUCGUGUUGCCGCGGGAAUAAAAUUUAUACCUAUGGAUUUGAUGACAGUGUUAUUAGGGUUCUUGGUGUCUUGUAUUCCCAUUGCUAUUAUCUGUCUUUAUCUUCUAUCAUGGGUUACUCCUUGGCCUGUUCGGAUACGAAAAGACCUGUUGCAGCCAAUGUUUGUCUACACUCUAACGAACCGUAGAAGCGAACAGUUCAAGUCAUUGCUGACUUAUGAUGGUGAUUCGUCCGGAGGGUUGUAUUGCACCAAGCCAGAUUUGUAUCUUUCCAUUAUUGUUCCUGCCAUGAAUGAACAGAAAAGGCUUCCGAUUAUGCUGAAUGAAUGUUUACCUUAUUUGGAAGAUCGGCAGGCUAAAGACAAUUCAUUUACAUAUGAGAUUAUUGUGGUAGAUGACGGUAGCACGGAUGGAACUGCUGAUACGGCCUGCCAGUACGCAGAGAAGUACGGCAGAAAAAUCAGAGUCUUAAAGCUGGGAAAAAAUCUGGGAAAAGGUGGAGCAGUACGUAGAGGCGUAUUGUGUGCACGUGGCUCAUUAAUUCUGUUCGCAGAUGCAGAUGGUGCUACGAAGUUUGCUGAUUUUGAGCGUUUAGAAGAAGAAUUACUUGGCUUAGCAACUCCAGAUAGUUGUGUUUUAGAAACAAGAACCAAUUUUGAUUGGAUUAUUCCUGCUAUAGCUGUUGGUUCAAGAUCACACAUGGAGAAAAAGAGUAUAGCAACGCGUUCUCUAGCACGAACUUUCCUGAUGAAAGGUUUUCAUUUGAUGGUAUAUAUUUUUACUGUAAAAACUGUACGUGAUACUCAGUGUGGAUUCAAAUUAUUUACACGUGGAGCAGCUUCAAAGCUAUUCCCAUUGCUGCAUAUCGAACGGUGGGCAUUUGACGUUGAGUUGUUGUUUCUCGCCGAACAGUUCAACAUUCCAAUCCGCGAAGUACCAGUGACAUGGCAUGAAGUUGAUGGUUCCAAAAUAGUACCAAUAAUAUCAUGGAUUCAAAUGGGUCGUGAUUUGAUACUUAUAUGAGUAAUGUCUGGAAAUCCGAAAAGAUCUCGUCGAAAAAGUGAACAAAAUUCCGAAGACAAACUUGUCAUGGAGGCGGAGAGAGUACUAAAUACAUACGAUGCUGAUAGUGAUUUUGCCAACAGUGCGGUUGAGUGGAAUGUGACUACAUACACAUCGAAAAUCAAAGUAUUUAUAAUAAAUGAAAGUGAAGAUGGUAUGGCUCUGGAAUUUGAUUUGAUUGGUGUUGAAGCCCCAAUUGCAAAUGCUAUCAGAAGGAUACUGAUUGCAGAAGAUGAAGUACUGAGUCACCGUCUUGGUUUGCUUCCAAUUAAGGCAGAUCCACGUUUAUUCGAAAUGCCUCUUACACGGACUGUUGGAAUGGACGAAUCCGGUGUUGAUUGUGAUGAAGAACCGACUGGUGAUCCGAAAAGAAAUCUCAUUUUUGAGAUUAAAGUCACAUGCAGUCGGAAUUCAAACGUUUUGAAAACAGCUACAAAUCCCAAGGAAAUUUACGAGAAUGCAUUCGUUUAUUCAAAUUCAUUUAAAUGGAUACCAAUCGGUGACCAGUCUACUUCACUUCCGUAUCCACCAGCAAUGGUGCAUGACGAUGUCCUGGUUGCGCAGUGUCACUGCGUGAAAGGAUUAGGGCGCGAUCAUGCAAAGUUCUCACCGGUUGCUACUGCGUCCUAUCGUUUACUACCACAGAUAGUACUAAAAAAAAAAUUCACCGGUGAAGAUGCACAAAGAGUUAAAAGCUCCUUUUCGGAAGGUGUUAUUGAAAUUGAUGCAGAUGGAGUAGCCGUCGUGAAAGAUGCACGAUCUGACACCUGCAGCCGCAAUAUUUUACGACAUGAGGACCUGGCAGAACACAUCGAACUAUCAAGGAUCAAAGACCACUUCAUUUUUAGUGUUGAAAGCACUGGUGCAUUGAGAAGUGCAGAACUGGUUAUGGAAGCUUGCAAAGUAAUGGAGGAAAAGUGCCGUACAUUGCAGUCUCUGUUCCGAAAACGGUUAAAAGAAUUGUAG